AUGAAGCUGUCAAAUCAGUCCGAGGUACCGGUGUAUACCAUCUCGGGCUCCAACACAGCCCGACCUUUGCCUGAAUGGCUGGCUCGACGUCGUAAGCGCAGCUUGAAAGAUGACCCGGAGUAUGCGAACCGCAUCGAGUUGCUGCAAGACUUUGAGUUUGAGGAGGCCAGUCAGUGUGUGAAGGUCAGCGAGGAUGGUGAAUGGGUUAUGAGUACAGGCACAUACAAGCCCCAGAUUCAUGUUCACCAACUGUCGCAACUGUCCCUAUCAUGGGCACGACACACCGUUGCUCUCAACACGAAAUUCCUUCUCCUCUCUUCCGACUAUUCCAAAUCCCUCCACCUUCAAGGCGAUCGCUCUCUCGAAUUCCACACCCCGCAAGGAUGCCACUACACUACUCGGCUUCCACGAUACGGACGUGAUCUUGUGUUUGACCGUCAGUCAACGGAGGCCUUGAUUCCCUCGGUCGGUGUCAACGAGAAUGGUCUGGGUGAAGUUUUCCGGUUGAACUUGGAGCUUGGUCGAUACAUGCGGUCUUUCGAGAUCGAAGUCGGUGGUGAUGAUUUUACAUCUGCGGGAGGAGGCGCUUUGCAAGGCGGCAUCAACACUGGUUCGGUUAACACGGGUGCCAUCGCGGAGGAGAGUCACAAUCUUCUUGCAUUCGGUACAUCUAUCGGAACAGUGGAGCUGUGGGAUCCCAGAGCCAAGGGCCGCGCGGGCAUUCUUCUGCCCCCCACCCAGUCUGUCGGCGACGAGAUGCGCUCCGAAAUUACUGCACUUGAGUUCCACCGCAACGGUUUGACACUGGGAACCGGUGCCUCCAACGGAUUGAUUCACCUCUACGAUCUCCGAUCCCCAGUUCCUCUGUUGAAGAAGGACCAAGGAUAUGGUUUCCCCAUUCACACCCUCAAGUUCCUCCAACCGUCAACCGAAACCCGGGAGGCGACCAUGGAUCCUAAGAUUAUGUCCGCCGAUAAGAGGAUUAUCAAGAUCUGGGACCCCCGCGACGGUACACCCUGGACUUCCGUGGAGCCUGCUGUGGACAUCAACGACGUGGCCUGGUGCAAGGAUAGUGGUAUGCUUCUGACUGCCAAUGAAGGCCGCCAGCAGCACUCCUUCUUCAUUCCUCAGCUCGGACCCGCCCCCAAGUGGUGCUCCUUCCUGGACAACCUGGUCGAAGAGAUGGCCGAGGACCCGAACGACCCCAACGCAUUCACCAGUGCCCAGGCUGGCUCUAUUUACGACAACUACAAGUUCUUGACCGUGCCCCAGCUACGUACUCUCAACUUGGAGCACCUCAUUGGUCGUACCAAUCUUUUGCGACCAUACAUGCACGGUUACUUCGUUGCUCAGCGUCUGUAUGAGGAGGCUAGGUUGAUCACCAACCCAUACAUCUGGGAAGAAGAGCGCGCCAAGCGCGUCAAGGAGAAGAUUGACAAGGAGCGCGAGAGCCGUAUCCGUGGCAAGAAGAAGGUUGCCGUCAAGGUCAACAAGAAGCUGGCCGAGAGAAUGCUUCUCGCCGAGGAGAAGCAAGAGCGCCGCAGGGCUAAGCAGGUUCUUGAGCGCGGCGGUGAUGCCGAUAUGGUCGAUGCACCCGCCCCCGAGACCGAGAAGACGGGUGUUCUGGGCGAUAGCCGUUUCAACAAGCUGUUCGAGGACGAAGACUUCGCUGUUGAUGAGCUCUCCCACGAGUUCAGGAUGAUCAACCCAAGCACUAUCCCCGAAGCCCCCGCCAAGAAGGAACGCGGUCUGACCGCCGUCGAGCAAGAAGCCAUUGACGACGUUCCCAACUCCAGCGACGACGACUCAGACUCCGAGAGCGAAGCCGAGAGGCCCGUUAGAGAGAAGGCUUCCAACAAGAUUUCCUCCGCCGACUACAAGCGCACCAAGCGACCCCCACCACGCAUGCAAGUCUCCUCCUCAACACGCACAAGCUCCACCCGCGAUCGAUCAUUCGGCUCGCGCGCGCAGAACAUGAAGACCAAGCAAAGACCCAUGCGCCAGAACGGCGUCGUUGGUGAGCGCGAGGUCAGCUUCAUGCCCGCUUCCAAGUCGAGGAAGCAAAAGCCAGAAGUCCAAUACGACAAGACCGAGUUCCGGGCAAAGGAGCGUCGUAGUGCCUCGGGCAAUACGUUCCGGAAGAUGUGA